AUGUCAUCCAGCACUGCACAAACACCCACCAAUGGAGGCUCAAAAGAACUACCCAAACAAUCAAAUGACAACAAAAACUCCAAAGGCGAUUUUGUUGACAUCUCCACAGAAGUUUAUCCUGACCGCACCGGCAACUACAAUUCGGGAAACUGGGGCGAAAGUUACAUCAAAAUACGAUGCCAGUCUAAAAUCGCUAAAGCUAUCGAGUCUAGUCCACUUGUAAAGCUAAUGCUGAGUGCAUUGAAAUCCAAAGGAUGUGAAAUCGACAUGAAUCGUCAUAUAGUUUGUGAAAACUGCUCUGAAGAAGUUACCGGUGGUUAUGAUACUGGGAACAACCAAAUUAUUGUUUGUCAAAACCGAGUGUACACUGAAGAAAUGACACAGGCUGUGAUUAGUCACGAGCUAAUUCACAUGUUUGACUACUGUCGUGCCAAAAUGGAUUUUGGAAAUCUUGAACACAUCGCUUGUUCAGAGAUACGAGCUGCCAAUUUAGUGCAUUGUUCAAUGACUAGUUCUAUGUUCAUUGGAACAACAACACCGUUCAAAGUGGCCAACACACACAAAGAAUGUGUCAAGGCAAAGGCACUUGCUUCACUGUUGGCAGUUCGCAAGGGUUUUCCAGUACAAGAAGGCGUUGACAUCAUUGACAAGGUUUUUGACCGUUGUUACAAUGAUUUGGAACCUAUUGGCCGCCGCAUUCGCCUCAACUCCGAUCACAUGAAAUGGGCAUAUCGUGAACGAUUUCACUACAAUUACGACAACAUUGUUUAA